UCAAGUUAACUGCGAACUUUUAUCCAAGUUUAUUGAUAGUAUUAACUGAGUGUUCUUAACAAUUUUCAUUGCAUCUUUAGCAAAUGCCGGAAAAUAUAAAUCGCCGUUUAAGAUGCACUUCACAGGUUGUUGGGAUUAAUAUAUCCAAAACUACUGACAAGGAGUGAGGGGAAAAGAUUUGAGUUGCUGGAAGACAAAGCUGGAGGUAUCCAUUGUAGCUAAUGCUCAAUAAAAGAAACGUGCGUACACUUUUAGCUGGCUAACUGUCGGCUGAAUCCAACACGGUAAAACCAAAACAAAAGCGACAGUGGCUGGAUGCGUUUUGUGCAACAUGGUUUGCGACGUUCGAGCAGAUGCAUGGGAUAAGCGCGUGUUGCUGUGGUCGCUUGGUGAUGGCGCGUGUUGGUUUGUGCGUUGUCAGGUCGACGGAGCGCCAGGCCUAGCUCACUUACUCGAAGUUCCCUGAUUUUUUUUUUCUUUUUCUAUUUGGAUAACGUUACAUCAGUUAAGAUUUGGGUUUUAACACUUCAUAUGGGAGUAGAUAUUAACCAGCUCUGCCAUGGCAGUGAAGAGAGACCCAGAGACCACAGCUGAGUGGACCAGAAAGUUAUUAGUGAGCUUGGUCAAGGUGGCGUGAGAAGCAGGGAGGAAACCAAGAGAGUGAAUGGAGAGGCUAAGGAGCAGCACCAGAGCAGGGGUGCCUGUCUGGACCCCUGCCCCAGGGUACACCUCACCACCUAGCCCUGUCAGCUCACAGCGCAGCUGGCUCGAGCUUCAGGAUGCGGACUUCCACAGCCAUAUGGAUGAGAACGGCAUCAUUGGCUUCAGAGAAGGGCUGGGAGAGAUGGGUGAAGAAGAGGCCUUUGGAGUAGAGGAAGAAGACCUGUUAUGGGAUGCAGGGACCCCAGAACCUGAAGACAGCCCACCUCGUGCACUGGACGUAACUAGUUCCGAGCCUCCCUCCCGGUCUACACGAGACGGCAGUUCCACACACAAUGAGGGCGAUGGCAGCUUUGCCUUGGGGAACUGGAGUGGUGAUGAGGAAGGACAGAACUUUGAGGAGGAGGAUAUAGAGAGCUUGAAGAUCUACAGACCUCAACCAGGUUUCAAUCCAGAGAGAGCUGGGCUGCCAGCUAUUACAAGUGAUGAGGGAAAGGUACACAGAGAGCAGUCCAUCCCUCUCCCAGGACAAAUGAACCCCCAGUAUGACUGGAAGCAGAGCCAAGAUGAUGACAGUCGUGGAACAACGGUUAAAAGUCACAAAGCUGACAGGAAAGCCUCGGAAACCGGAUCGCCCUCACAAAAUGGCUUUGGUGAUAUGCACGUGUUGAAUGAGAAGAGAAGUGUGUCCUCACCUCUUUCCUCUACAGGAACCCCUCAUGCAUCUGUUGUCUCCCACCUCCCUCAGCUCUCCUCAGAGGUGCAGGCAAGUAACUGUGAAGCUGAACCAUUCCCAGAGCAGUUCAUUGACUGCACACCCGAGCCUCAAAGAUUCAGCCAUGCCCUUAGGCCUUACCAGCCUGUCAGACAUGCCGAGGAAGAGCCUGAGGUUGAUGCGACACCUCUGUCUACAACCAGCAGCCAUGGGUCUAAGAUUCAGCCUGGAAGAUCAAGCAAAGGAAGAGAGGCCUCGGCUGAAUUGGAGAGACCCAGUCCUGCGCCUCACCAAAGUCACCAGCAGCCUUCAGUUCCCUGUCCCCAGAGUGUCCGCUCUACGUCUUGGCAGGCUCGUCAACAGAGAGCUACAGGGCGGAGCUCUUCCACAGACUCCUCCCCUCUCAGCACGCCUCAUCACAUUCAGCAACAGAGCUACAGAUCCCCCGAAAGAUCACACCUGACGGAUGUUAGGAAAGGACAGCUAAGUCACCCACUACCAGACUUUUCCAAAGUGGAGCCCAGGGUUCGUUUCCCCAAGAACGGCUACAAGGCCCCCAUGAGCGGGAAGCCACCUCGCAAGAGAGACUCGAAGCCUGAAGCUCCUCUGGUGUUCAAAUCCCCUGCGGAUAUUGUGAGGGAGGUUCUGCUCAGCAGUACUGAAGGACUCUCAUCCACCCCGGCCCCUGAGGACUCCCACAGGCACCUUAACUUCACCCUGCCUGAGGAGUUUCGUUGCCCUCUCAAGGCCAGUGCCCUGGUCCAGCAGCUGCAGGAGGAUUACAAUAGGCUUCUAACCAAGUAUGCAGAAGCUGAGAACACCAUUGACCGGCUACGUUUGGAAGCUAAGGUGAGCCUGCAUUCUGACCCUCCCAAACACUCUGCUCUGUCAGGUGUUUUCCAUAAGGGAUCAAAGGUCAUGACCCUGAGCUUUCCUCAGGCUCAGAGAGCUUUGCUGAGCACAAGCACUGUUCACCCGAAUCAACAGACAUUCAGCUCAGGAUCGAUUAGAGGAACAGCCACUCACCCCCCUGUAGACUCUGUCUCUUCCAGACAGUCUGAGUCUCUUAGUGCAUCUCAGCUGGCUCAGGCCCUCACCAAACAGACGCAGAUGCUACAACUGCAGAUUGAUGAGUUUGAAGAGUUUCUAAAGAAUGGAAGACUUGAACCGUAUGAGCGGAUGGAGGGCCUGAACACGCUGGCCAGGGGGCUGGACUCGGUGGAGAGGGCUUACCUUGGGUCCCGAGACCAUGGGCUGCAGAGGCAGAAGCUGACGGGAGGCAGGUCCAGCCCUUUCGACUCUGACCGGGAACUAGAAGGUCUGAUUUUCCACUUAGGGAUGCGAUUGGAAGAACUGAGGGAGUGCGUGGAGCAGACUGAACAGAACCGGCCAACAUCAGAACCUGGCCCAAGCCCACCCCCUCAUGCCCACCAGCGCAGCGGGUCUGUGAAAGAGACCGAGCCCCAGCCUGAGGGUCCAGUGUCUGCGGCACAUGCAGACGUCAUGGCCUGGGUGGAGGUGAGUUCCGUCAGUGGCGAGAGUGAUGGUUUAAGAGAGGAGGGCGAGGAGGAAGCACAUCCAUCUGUUUUUCCUUCCCUGCACCAUAAACACCAGUGGGUGGAGAAAGACUUCAGCAACCUCAUGGACCGCUACUGGAAAUGCAGGCAGCUUUCUAAGGUGCUCAACAGAGGGAUCACUGAGGAGACCCGUGACACUCUGGAGUUCAGAAAUUCUCCUCUUCGUACCGCCAGGAAUGAUGGGAUAGAAGAUGAGCUACAGUGGAAGACUAAUGACCAGCAGGACUCGAGCAAACCAGCCGAGCUGCUACUGAGCUCAGACUCAACCUCAGGCCUUUCUCAUAGCGCACAGGUGGUUAACUCUAUGGAAACUCUCCCAGCCUCAGUGUUACCAGGGCAACAGGCCAGUGGGAGCAGAUCUGCAGGUAGCAGGAAGUCCUGUAGCACCCUGGGAGGGAGUGCAACCAUGGAGAAAAGGACCUGUAAAGGGAGCAGGAGGACCUUGGGAGCACCACCUCAGGAAGGGGUCAGGUCCCCAGAGACAGACAGUGGCUUUGUGGGCUCAGAUAGUAGUCGUGUCACUCCUGCAACAUACAGUCUUAUCCAGAAGAGGGCAGCAGUGAGAGUGACCAAGCCAUCUGUCACAAAGAAGCACAGAAGAAAAGCUGAGGCAGUGUCUCUCGGUGGGCAGCCUGAUCCCAUACACACACGAGCCUCCUCAGGUCGCUCUGCACACCGUGCCAGUCCUGCUGGAGGAGCUCCAGACUCCGCCGAGGUUGGAGGAGAGGCCGGGAGAUGGUCUGCGCCCAGCCCCUCACCCUGCCCCGCCCCUCGAUGCUGGCCUGGCCACGCCCCACAGCCCUGGCCCAGCAGUGGCAUCAGGGAGGUGGAGCAGCAGGGCGGCUCUGCUCCCUCCUUAUCAGGCGAGGAAGCGCAACAGGGCGACCAAUACACCGAACCAACCAAUCAGGAUGCCUGCUAUCUCCGAAACUCCUCCCCCACUCUACCCUAUCGCUAUGGUGACCCACUCACACCCCAAAGUUCUGCCCAGCUGACAAAUCAACAGGAGGCCCUCCAGUCUUUGCAGGUGGAGGUGGACAGACUCAGGGAGUGCCUAGAGGGAACUCUCAGGAUGGCAGUUCCAGCCAAGUUUGUAAAGGUGCCCCCUUCGACUUUGGAGGGCUUUAGAGACCCUGCAUCCCGGCACACAUCCACACCUCAGCAGCGCUCUUUCAGGUCUGUAGAGAGACAACCAAGCAAUAGUGGGAGGCGUAGAGAGGCAGAGGUGGACAGAAGCUCUGUGCCAAGGAGGAGAUCUGUAUCCGUGCCCCGUCUCAGGCCACGGCUGGAGAUCAAUUCUGAACAUGCUCGUUCUGAACCAAAGCCCUGGACUUCAAAGUACAUCCCAGCAUCCCCUGCAGCGGAGCGUGGAACCCGAGCUAACAUUGACCCUGGCACAGUGCCCUGCAUGAGGAGUCAGCACCGUGGUACAUCAGCUGACGGAUCAGAAGAGAGUGGUGACGUCGAUUAUGAAUAUGAUGAUGAUGAAGAGAGCAGAGGGCCAGCUCCUUUAUGCCGGCGCUGCAUGGCACGACGCACGAGAGCCUCUGCACGCCCAGUGAGUAAGGUUGGCUUGCUUAGUCACGCUCGGUCAUGCUCUAAUCGCUGUCCGCUGUGUGGAGCACAUGAACCGAAAAGAACAAGACUCCCCCUACCUGCAGACGAAAGUUCCAACCAAAGGGAAGCUUGGCCAUUGAGCUCCACACGCAAAGAGAAAAGGGGUGUGUUCUUGGCAGCAGCUCCUCCCCCUCCAGUGCUGGGCAGUGUGCCUGUGCUCCACUGUGUGCCAGUAUGUCCCUCAGUCCUCUACCCUGCCAUCCCAGUGGCAUUGUCUUCCCACCCAAAGCCCCUUUACCUCCCCCAGAGUGAAGAUAGAGGGCACAGGUCAAGGGUCAGAGGUCAUCACAGACGCUCCCUCUCCACGGGCAUGUGGCUGGCUCCCAGCACGCCUCAGAACCGCACCACGGCUGCCUCCGGCAGCACGCGAAAGGUCCCGUGGCACACAACACACUCUCUCACCUCGGGACUGCGGCCCCCGAGCCCACCUGUGAGGUCCUGCGUCGGCUGAGCCCCUUACCGUGCCCCUGUGUCGCUACUGAUCUCUGCUGCUCAGAGGAGCUUCCCCACUCUCCCUUACUGGAGGACCCUUAGGGUCUGCUGGAUAAGAAUCUGGCACUGGACUAUGGAAAAUGCACCUUCAUCUAAACUAUGGCAGCUGCACUGUGAUAAGCUUCAAUAAAAACAUACUGCACUUUGAGAGAAUGUUUAUGGAAUAUGUAGCCAUUCUUUGAGAUGCAAAGAAGGCAAGUACUUGUGCGGUAUUUGCUUUCACCAGCUGUAGAUGUGUGUUAUGUAAUACUUCUGCGCUGUGAUUAUUAGUGCAAUUAUAAGGCAUUAAAUUAGAUUUAUAUUUAGUCACUUUUUAGUAAUGAGAGCAGUUUUCACAAUGAAAACUAUUAAGGUAUAUUUGAUUUUUUUUAAAUAAACUUUAAAUGUUUAGA